AUGUGCGCCAAGAUUUUUAUUACUACGGCCAUAGUAAGUAGUGGAUGCGCAAUAAUUGUGACAUUAUUUGUUGUCGUAUCGCUCUUCAAUGAUAUUAGCACAUUAUAUGAAGAUGUUAUGGAAGAACUUCAUGCUUUCAAGAUAAUAGCAGAUGACGCAUGGGACACCAUGCAUUUGCUGCACACUUACCCAUCGGGUAAUCUACGAAUAGCACUAACCUAUGCUGAUUUAUUUGUCCGUCAUAAACGACAGCUUGAUCCAGAACGUUGCAAAUGUGAUCUUUCCGCUACAGAUUGUCCACAAGGACCAGUUGGAUCACGAGGUCAUGAUGGAUGGAAAGGUUUAGAUGGAGAACCGGGAGAAGAUGGCCAUCAUGGUAUACCAAGUAUUACUACCGUGGUCAACUAUGGAAAACUUGGUGAUUGCAUUGCUUGUCCAUCUGGUCCACCUGGACUACCUGGACCUCCUGGUUCUCCUGGUGAUCGUGGUCCAAUGGGACGUAUUGGGAGUGCUGGAUUUCCAGGAAAAAACGGUACGAAUGGUAGACGAGGAGAUGCGGGACAGUCUGGGCCAGCGGGUAUUUCUGGAAGACCAGGAGAACCCGGCUUACCGGGAUUGGAUGGAAUAAAUGGAAAAGGUGUAGUGGGCCAAAAAGGUCCAAGUGGACAACGUGGUUUACUUGGCCCUCUUGGUAGGAAUGGUAAUGAUGGUGUUCGUGGCCAUCCCGGUAAACCAGGUUUACCCGGACGAUUUGGUACUUCUGGAGAGGAGGGCAAAAAUGGACAACUAGGAAUGGUUGGAUUACCUGGACUACCUAGUUCACAUGUCUACUAUUGUCCAUGUCCACUGCCAACUUCAAUAUUGUCAUCAUCCAAGGAAGUAUAG